GCUUUACCUACAGGACUACCGUGUCUUACUUCCGAAGUUUUCGCUAUAUUGUUGCCUAGGCGAUCCCGUACUGGACUCGGAGACAGUCAUCUGAGGCAUUGCCCCUGUCCACGUGAUUCACCAUGGGAGAAUUAAAUAUGGAUGUCAAGACGGACCCUCCAUGUCAUCCGCGAGCAUGUGCAAUUCAGAACUGUAUUCAAAGGAACAACUACAACGAAGAGAAGUGCAGGAAAGAAGUGGAUGCAUUAUAUGAAUGCUGCAACGCCUUUUAUGAACAGAAAGGAGAAGACGCAAGUACCGUGAGCUGUCCGAAAUACACACUCCUCAAACUGAAGAUGAAGCAAAGAGCCCAAGGAUCUUCGUAAAACCUCGAUAGCCCAUAUGAACAGCGAACUCCGUUUCGGAGCUGUGCUUUGAGCACCUUGCACACCAUUCUCAUAUCAUAAUGGGGGUUGAAGGAGGCUAGUAAUGCACAGUUGGAAGCAGGACCGGACAAGCGCCUUGUCUCAAAGCUACACAGGCGUCCUUAAUCAUAAUAUGUAACACUUCCUUUCUCAUCCGCACUGUCAAGCUCCCGAAGGAAAUCCAGCCAGGUCACCAGGAAGUGUAUUGCUCUGAGGUGGACAGUAGCGCGUAAAGAGGCCACAAUGGACCUGUUCCAGCAACGAAAUCUGGCAACGUGACUCUAACAUACCACCUGUGGUAUGUCAAUGAAGGGACGGGGCAACAAGCCCUC